AUGAAGUUUCUCUUCAAUGCGCUUGCAGUGAUGGUGUAUUUUCUGAACAAUGGUGCUAACGGUGUUGAGACUGUCAGUGUUUCAGUGAAGGAGGCAGUUUCAGUCACUCUGCACGCCGCUGUUGAAAUGAACUUUAAUAAAGACAUUGAGUGGUAUUUUAAUGGGAUUCUCAUCGCUCAGGUGCACAGCACUGCAAGUGUCAGUUUCACCUGUACAGAUGUUCAGUGUAAUAAAGUCAAUGAGAGAUUCAGAGACAGACUGAAACUGGAUCAUCAGACUGGAGAUCUGACCAUCAUGACCACCAGAAGAACAGACUCUGGAGUUUAUCACCUAAAGACCACCAAUCACAGAGGAAAGUUGUACAGUGUGUCUGUCCAUGAUGCAACUCAUACAGAAGAAAAACCUGUUAUUGUCUCCGUGCUGGUGGUGGUUGCUGCUGCUGUUGUUGUUGUGGUUGCUGCUGGUGUGAUCUCAUUUUUUAAGAAUCACAAAUCAUCACGACAAAAUGAUUCAGCUCAUACAGAAGAAAAACCUGAUGUUAUCGUCUUUGUGAUGAUGGCUGUUGCUGUUGUUUCUGCUGGUGUUGAUGUGAUCUUAUAUCGGUGGCGUUAUGAAUCAUCACGACAGAAUGGCAAGUGA